AGACCAAAAAAGCAGGUUUUUAAGUGGCUAAUUGCUUUUGCUUAUAUAGGCGAAAUAGCAAACAAACCAAGAGGCUUAAUUACUGUCUGCCAAAAUGCCCGUGUCCAUGGAGAUGCAUAAGCCUCCGAUUCAAGAGCAAAUAUUAGAAAUAACAAAAAAGAUUCAACUUUUGGAGGGUGACAGAAAGGCAUAUUAUGAAAGCUCACAAUGGUCGAUUAAAAAGAAUCGUGACAUCAUUGCCAAAAUGAGACAAGAGAACAAAAGUCUUCAUAAAAAUCUUGCAGAUGUCUUGGCAGGUGACGACAAAGUUAUUGAUCAAGCUUUUCAAGGAAGGCAUGUGGAAAGAGCAGCAUUAAGAAAUAAAACUGGGAAGAUGGCAGUUUCUGUUGUGGAUCAGAAGGUGUGCGACAACAAGAAAAGGUUGAACGCUCUCAGAGCAACAACUGAAGCUCGUAGGAAGAAACUCACAGAGCUGAAAACACAAUACGAUCAAAUGUUGAAGGAUGCUUCGGCUGCCGUGGAGAUGGACAAAGGCGAAAGUGAUGCUGCUCAGCACUUGAGGCAACUGGAGAACAGACUUGACAAAGCAAGACUAAAAAGUCAAGAAGCUGAACACAUCAGUAAAGUGUAUGAGAAGAUCAAAGCUCAUCUGCAACAGGAAAGUUUAACCUUCCACAACCAACUUGAUCAACAAGAAGAGGAUAUCCUGAAAACAAGACAAGAGUUGUUGGAGGUUCAGUCAAUGUAUACGGACGCACAAGUUGCUAGGGAUGAUGCAAAGGAAGAACUGGCACGACACGAGGAUAUUGUGUACAGAGAGAGAAAGGAAAGAGAGACAGCUUUGACUGAACUGAAAGCACAAGCUGAAGAGAAGAAGGCUCACGCUGAGCGUGUGGAACGCAGACUACAACGAGCUGCAUUACAAGAGCAAGAACUUGGACAAGAAGGAAGCAAACCCCUUCUUAGUGAAGAGGAACAAGAGAAGAAGAUUACUUCAUAUGAAGAAGCUUUCCUGAGGAUCAAGGAGGCAACUGGAGUGUCAGGAACACAGGAGGUGGUAGCAAGGUUCAAGUCCCAGGGUGACACGCAACAUCACCUUGAAGAUCUGAAAAAAGAAAAUCAGAAACAACUACAGAGGCUGCAGGAAGAGAGAGUGAAACUGCAACAAGAAUACGAGGAAAUGAAAUAUUCUGGGGAGGCAAAGUUGUCAAGUGGCCAACGUAUGUUGGAGGAAUUUGAGCAACAUCUACAAGAGCAAGAGCAAAGACGAGAUGAAGCAGCCGAUAAACUAGAGAGAGCAAGUCAUGUCCUUGUUAGUGUCAAGGCAGGUGUUGAACAUCUUGCUGAUAAACUACAACAUCUUAAGAUGAUGAAGAGCCAUGUCCCAACCGCUCAUCUAUCUCCAUCAUCAGAUGAAUAUGUCCUUGAUCUGCUUUCCAUAUCGGAGGAAAAGCUCCUGAAACUCCUGGAGGACCUGGAUGGUCGGGAGCUCGUUGAUAUUCUCCGACAGAUGGAAGAGGAAGAGUUCCACUCCAGCAUCGAGAGCAAGCUACCUUCGUACAAUGUGAGGAUCCCGCUUCCAGCUACCCACAAACCUGAUGCAUACGAAGAAGACGACGAGAGCGGUGAUGACGACGCAGCAGCGCCAACUAGAGGUGACUUGAAACGACGAUCGCAGCAGAUCAUCGACUCCAAGAUGAAGAAGGGACGAAGUCGUCCGCGUAAGAAGAAAGGUGGGAAGAUGUAAAUGACAUCUGACAUUUUAUUCAAUCGACCGGGGAGUUUUAGUUUUUAAGAGAAUUCUGUUUCGGUCGUUUCCCUAAC